AUGGCAGCUAACAGCAAAAUCAUAUCUGAGGUGGUCUCAUGGAUUAAGAGCCAAAAGCCUGUGGGCCCCCAGAUGAAAGAUGCUCCAACAUUCUACCGAAAUCUCGAGGAGGCUUUAGAUAUUCGACGAUCUACCCAAUCUAUGCUUACCCGAGGUCAAAAUACCUGGAAAACCGGAGAUGCCAUAGACUUCUGCUCCAACGACCUUUUGUCUCUAGGGCUCACAGGAGAACUAAGAACCGAGUUCCUAGCAGAGCUGGCAAGGCAUCCCGAUUUUGCCCUGCAUUCAGGUGGUUCCCGCGUGAUGGACGGCAACUACGACUAUAUCGAGGAGGUAGAGCAAGAAAUCGCAGACUUUCUUGGGUCAGAGACAGCUCUCAUGUUUAAUUCGGGCUCUAAUGGAAAUAUUGCUAUCUACACUGCAAUCCCACGGCCAGGAGAUGCUAUUGUGUACGAUAAACUAGUCCACUUCAGCACACACACGGGCAUGACUGCUUCGUUAGCCACGAUUAAGGUUGCAUUCCGUCACAAUGAUCUCGACGCCUUUCGAGAGGCGAUGUCAUCUACGAUGGACUCUCAGCCCAUGCUAAAAGACGGCUCGUGCUCGCUACUCGUAUCUGUAGAGUCGAUAUAUAGCAUGGAUGGAGAUGUCUGCCCUUUGGUGGAGCUUGAGAUUGCUAGAGAAAUCUGUCCCAAGGGCAACUUUGCCUUUAUUGCUGACGAAGCCCAUGCCACGGGAGUUGUUGGUGAGCGGGGUGUCGGUCUUGUCAAGUUGCUAGGCCUCGAGAAAGAUAUUGCAAUUCGACUCAAUACCUGCGGAGAGGCUUUGGCCUGCCCUGGAUGUGUUGUCCUUGGAAACACAACGGUCCGAAACACGAUGCUAAACUUUGCCGGGUCUUUGGUGAAUACCACGGCCCCCUCUUUCCCUUCGGUUGCAGUUGUUCGAGCAGUCUACAAUCUGAUGAGAACUGGUUCCACCCAGAAAGCGCAAGACAACAUGCAGCACCUUGUCAAAUAUUUCUUCAAAACCAUUACUUCCAACCCCAUUUGGGAUAAAGCAACUGAUACGGGUAUCUUGUUUAUUCCCCCGAGCGAGGAUUAUGAGUCCAACGAUUUUGUGAUGCAUAUAGUGCCAAUCUGGACCCGACAAAUGUACAACUGGUGGAUUUUUUUCCACCUACAGCUAGCAAAACUAGCGGUUGUCCCUAUAGACUACCCGCAGGUUCCCAAAGGCAAGUCUCGAGUCAGGGUGAUGAUCCAUGCUGGAAAUACAGAGGCGGAGGUGGAUUAUUUGGCAGCCUCGAUUUGUAGCUUUGCGAUUGAGAUGAUUGAGAUCGAGGAAUGUGGUGAUAAGGGGAAGUUACCAAAAGCCGUGCGGCAGAUCUACGCGUUGAUGGCGGCGAAUGCGUGA